CCGGUCCCCGCCGCAGCAGGGGGGAGCGAGGCGCGCCGGUGUCCCCGGGAGGGCUGAGGGGCUCAGCGUGGUGCUUCGAGGUGUCGUCUGGUUUGUCGCGGUUCGGUUCCAUUGUGGGCUGGUGUAAAAGGGAGCGUGUAGUGAUGCUUGCCCUGGUCCGGCGCGCUCCCCGCACCCCCGCGGGGCGGUGUGGGGGUCAGGCCUGCCGACAUCGCGUGUAGGCAUCCGUGCCGGGGGAAGUAACCAAAUUGUUCGGUCUCUGAAAUAUCAGUGAAGGGCCUUUCUGUGCCUGGGUUUAGUUACAGUGAAUUCUUGCUAAAAGAAGAGUAUCAGAAAAAUAUUUUCAGUCCUACAAAUCUAGGUUGUUCAGAGAGAUUUAGAGUAAUUCUUAGAGUAAAGCCGUGGUCGUGUGCAUGUUGGACACACUGAAAGGUAACUUGCUUUUAUGAAAAGCUGUACUCAAGUGUUCAGAUUGUGUAAAUCUGCCAUUCAGCUGCUGACUUAAUUCGUGCUUCAGUAAUGUAAGUUAACCGAGGAACUAAUGCACUGAUUUCUCCAAGCUGGAUGACAUACUUUUGAUUAUUACAUUUUCCAGUAUCUUCAAUGCUUAAAUGUAAAAUGAUGAACACCUCUAUUGUAACACAUGCGAAUUUAACUUCACUCAAUUAGGGUUUUUUUCUUCAUUUUAACAACAGUAUAAAAUGAAAGGUCAGUUACCAAUUUGACCAAUUGCAGUAUCAUAAAAUGCAUGCCAGUUUGUAUAAUGUUUCCUAAUAAUGUGCUGCUUUCUGUAGCUCUUUAUCUGGGCAGGUGUUUAUGUACAACCUGGACAUUAGAUUUAACUUGCUCUUCUGUAUAGCAAAUUAUUUUCAGGUGGUAAGUUAUUAGGGAGAUUAUGAAUUCUGCUUUUAAAACUUGGAGCUAAUUUUUAUGUUUCGGCCAAAUAAUUUUUUUUAAAAUGGUGAAACUUCACUGAUUCUACUUAAAUAGGUUUGCAUAGGACAGGGAAAGCAUAAACAUUCUUUGUUUUUUUUCUUUUUGCAGACAUUUAAAUACAAAUCUGUGUGAAAUUAAUGGGACUGUGGGUUUCAUGUCCUUAGCUUCAUGUGCCAACAUCAACUUCACAGGCAAUUCCGCAAAAAGAAAAGAUAAGUGUUUGGACACAGCACAUGCCUAAGUAUGCAGUCUGCUAACGUGCUUCUGAAAAAAAUUGUAAGAAGUUCUAUCCUUCCAUUUGCUGCACAACAUGGGAUGAAAAAGAAUUUGUUUCCACUCAGUAGAACUCUGAGUUUGUCACUUUGCCUGAAGCAGGACAAUUCAUGCAGUCCCUCAGAAAAGCUAGAUUUAGAUGCGUGGAAGAAGGUAGUGAAGUCUGGGUUGCAAGAAGAAGUCAGUGAGACGGUCUCUGAGCAUAAGGAGCUUUCCACUUUGGCUGCUGCACGUAAGGUUUUGGAGAUGUGGAGACUCGCUGGCAGAUCAGUCCCAGAAAAUAUCAGUGAAGAACAGCUAAAAACCUUUAUGGAAUGUCCCUCCAAGUCAGCCAAAAAGAAGUAUUUAAAAUUUUUGUAUCUCAAAGAACUUUACAAGAAAAAUGACAAAAGGAAGGUGGAUGAGAAGAGGGAGAGGAGGCUGGAAGCACAAGAGCGAGCUUCAGAAACUGAUGAGACCAAAAGGAAUUCAUUUGUAUGCUUGUGGGCCAACAGUAUGGAUCGAGCAUACAGUUGGCGCGUUGCUCAGUCUAUGAUCUUUGGCCAACCUCUGGUGUUUGACAUGUCUUACGAAAAAGAUAUGACCGUCCGAGAAGUUGCAAACACGGUGAGGCAGAUAGUAUUAAGUGAAGGCUCCAAUCGAAGGUCUGUGGAUCCAUUCCACAUCCACUUCUGCAACUUCAAAGACAACAGCCUCUACCAUAAGGAAUUUAUCAAGCAUUAUAGGGAGGCAUGGGGCAAGCUGCUUAUCACUGUGACAGACCAGUGCUACACAGAUGUCUUUCCAAAGGAUAAGCUUGUCUAUCUGACCGCUGAUUCUCCCAAGGUAAUGAAAACAUUCGAUCACGAUAAAAUCUAUAUCGUGGGGUCCAUGGUUGACAAGAGCAUAAAAACAGGAGUCUCUUUAGCACGGGCAAAGCGCUUGGGGCUGGAGACUGCGGCCCUUCCACUGGACAAGUACUUGCUUUGGAAUGCUGGUGCCAAAAAUCUUACACUGGAUCAAAUGAUGCAUAUUUUAUUAACCUUGAAAGAUACUGGAGACUGGAAGAAGGCUCUGGAAUUUGUUCCGAAGAGGAAAUACUGCGGCUUUGUAAGCAAGCCUGUGCAUGAACUGAAAAAAACCUUAAACCUGAUCAACACACUUAAACUUGGAAAGAGACAGGAAGAAUUACGUAAGCAAUUUGCCAAGAACUACUCAAAGAAGCUAACGCAGAAGUAGAGUGAUGGGGCAGAGAAUGAUUUGUUAUGACCGCACUGUGCCCUUGAAUGCUCCAGUGUCUUGGGACUUCUGGAACUGGAUUCAGCUGUUUAUCUCUCAAAACACUGCUGUUGGUCACGUUUGAAAGGACCACUGUUAGGGAUUUCUUUUUAAAGCUACCAUAGUAUUCCAGCUGUUCGAAUUUAUUCACAGAUUAUUGAAAUUAUG